UGAAAGAAACUUUUAUUGACAUACAUAAAUUGAUUUUAAAUAGUCACAUCUAUACCGGUAAUACUUCUUGAUGACAGCAUGGGGAUUUUGUUCGGUGUUUUUGCUUCAGCACUUUUAGGGCUGCUUGCAACAGGGGCGAAUCACAAAUAUCUCCGCCUGGAGCCCCCGGGCCGCUUCCAUGCCUUCUUCACGGGAGACAGUUUUUUCAUCACGUGCAUGGCAGGCGCAAGGAGUGGUGCCACGCGAUUGACUUGGCAAUCACCAGCAGGGAAAGACAUCACCCUCAGCACAGGAAGAGUUCACGUAGAAGCUGACCCGUACAACCCUCUUGGCUUAGAGUUGGUCUUCGAAGAUGUUAGAUAUGAAGAUCGAGGAACGUACACGUGUUCUGCGAUCAUUGAUGGGCAAGAACGGAAAACGCACUUUAUGCUAACAGUUUACCUUUCAUUAACAUUUUGGGGAACUCCCGAGCAACAAUAUGGCAAAGAAGGAGAUGAUUUUAUGAUUACGUGUAAUGUUCGAGCAGAUCCAACUCCUAUUGUUUCAUGGUAUGCUAAUGGCAGCAUAAUUCUCGAAGGUCCCCGUCAUACAAUAACAGAAGACGGUCUUUUCAUUCGCAGUCUUCGGCCAACAGAUGCAGGCAAUUACACGUGUCGAGCAUUCGUCGUCACGCCCCACAGCUCUCAAAUGAAAGACCGCAACAUACUUCUUCAUGUCCACUACAGGCCCGUCUGGCACGUGCCCCAUCUGGAGAGAACCCAUGGCAUCUUAGGAACGACGGCCAACUUGACGUGCGCAGCCCACUCUCAGCCUCCACCAGUUUUCGAAUGGUUUCGAGACAGAACCCUGCUUGGAAACAGUCCUCUUUACAGGAUUAUCAACGAAAAAUGGAGGAGUGUUUUAACGAUACAUGUUAAAGAAUCCUCUGUCUUCGGAAAUUAUUUAUGCGUCGUAAGCAAUUCUUUGGGAGAAGUACACAGAGCAAUAUCAUUAAUAGAAGGAGUUAUUCCUGACCCCCCUGAUUUCAUCUUGCUCAGCUAUGAACCAGGGAUAUUAAUCGUGAAAUUUACUCCUUCAAGUGCAGAAAAUGCGUUACCCAUCCUGGGCUACAGAAUACAAUGGAGACUUGCAACGGACAGCGAUUGGCGUCAAGCACGGUAUCAUCGGGCCAGUAUAGGCAACGAGUUUGUGAUACAUGACCUGAGCUUCGAAAGUGCGUAUUCUGUGCGAGUGUCAGCCCAUAAUGCAGUGGGUUACAGUAAUUUUUCUGAAGAAAUAGUUCAGAGGACAAAAGGCCUUUUGGCCGAAACUGUAGUAGACGGUAGCAGUGUGUCUUCCUCUUACAAUUCCGCACUGUCGUCUAUGUGUUGCAAUUCUUUACAUCUUCGGCAGCAAGUGGCAUUCGUAAUGCUUCUUAUUUUUAUAUACAACAAACGUUGAAAACUGGAGUAUGUGUUAAUGAAAGAAUUGUUUUUAAUGAAGCCCAUUCAGUGAGGAACUUAAGAGUUUAAGCGAUGUGUGGUGUCAAGAGAUUCUCUUCAAAAUGAGCACUGAGAUGUCAAGUAUGAAUUUUUUACAAGCUCUUGGUUGCAUUAAACGAAUGUUAGAUGUGUCUAAAUGUGAAGAACUUCUAAUGGUGAAUGAUGUCUGCAAUGUGGUUCGUUAAUGAGAAAAAAAACUGAGAUAUUUUGCAUUUCCUUGAUCAAAUAAAUGAGCUAUGUACUACAUAUAUUUCACUCGACACAAUAUGUUAGCUUUUUGCUUGAUGCGAUGAGUUGUAUUUUCAAUAAUUGUUAAUGUAUUUUGUUUUGCCAGAAAUGCUUUGGAUUCUUAAAUUUUUAAAUUAUAAUAAAAAUUUUAAUUGAAGAAAGGAUUAACGGGAGGUUGUAUCUCACGUAUAAAUACUUUUAUUGCCAUAGCAAUGAGAGUAUCGAUGGUAAAUUUACCCAGCUACUAUUUCAAACAUGGCAUGUUUUGAGAGGAGUAUAAAAGGGGCAAAUUAGCUUUUUUCUAUUUUCAUUUCUAGCUUCGUCUUCACCAUCAUAUCAUAAAUUAGUAUCUCGCGGUAUUUUAUUAAAAAAAAAAAAGAUAUAAGAGUCUGAAAACCGGUGUAAAAAUGUUGUGAGAAGAAAUUUAUGAAAUUUGUAUAAAAUUAAUUGUGCCAUACAUAAUGAAGAACUAAAUAAUAAUAUAUGAAGAGAUAAACAUUACAAAAAUGCGUAGCUAAAAUUUGUUAUAUGACGAAAUAUAACGUCUAUAUUAAUCAACUAUUAAUCGAAUCACAUGUUUCUUUGACAGGUAAACUUCGUGUAAACUAAUGCAAAUUUGUUGUAAUGGUGCCAUUAAUCCCUACUGUAAUUAAUUUUUUUUUUUUCAAAAUGUAUUUUGGGUCGAUGUUGCAACACUUUCAACGUAAUUUUUGUUUUAAAGUGAAUUUUUUAAG